AUGGGUGCUUUUUCCCCCCCCCUUUCCGUCACCCUUCUUGCUCCCAUUCCCGCUCAUUCCCGCUCAUUACCUCUCAACGCCUUCCAUUACCUCUCAACGCCUGUCAUUGCUCAGGAGACAGCAGAGGCGUUUGACCCACAGGGGUGGUUCCGCAUUGGUGCCCGCCCCCUCACCUUUCCUUCGCCCUUCUCGCUCCCAUUCCUGAGCAUUGCCUCUCAUUACCUCUCAUUACCUCUCAUUACCUCUCAUUACCUCUCAACGCCUGUCAUUGCUCAGGAGACAGCAGAGGCGUUUGACCCACAGGGGUGGUUCCGGACGGGCGAUAUUGCAUCGGUGGACAGCCAUGGGUACUGGCAGAUCCACGGCAGGGCGAGUGUGGACAUAAUCAAAACGAGGGGCUUCAAAGUUUCUGCGCUGGAGAUUGAGUCAAAGCUGCUGGAGCAUCCUCUCAUAUCCGAGGCAGCAGUGUUGGGAGUACCGGAGAGGCAGCAGGGAGAGGCAGUGGCGGCAGUGGUGGUGCUGGGAGCAGCACAGCAGCAGCACCAGCAGCAGGGCGUUACUGGGGAAAGUGUUGCUUACACCUGCGAAAAUGCAUGCCCUGUGAUCACUCUGGACGAGCUGAGGAAAUGGGCAGCCCCCCGCAUGGCUCACUAUAAGGUGCCAUCUCGUCUGAGAGUCGUUGCCACCAUGCCUUGCAACGCCAUGGGGAAGGUGAACAAGAAGGAUCUCCUGAAGAACCUUUUUGCCCCCAUGCAGCAGUCAUGA